AACCAACCGCUUAAUUCCAAAAUUAAGAAAGAAAAAAUAUUCAAGGAAGAUAAUGACAUAAUAAAAAAUGAUGCUCCCGAAAAUCUACAAUCUAAAAUACCAAUUAAAUCUAAUUUAGAAGCUACACUAUCAUUUCUGAGUUCUCUAUCAUGUUUUACUGGAUCUAUGAAAUGUGAUCCUGAAGCUCAAAAAUAUAAACUUAAGUUUAAAAAAAACAAAGAUGAUUUAGUGUCAAUAUUAUUUAAAUUAUUCAAUAAAGAAGUAUUUGACAAUAAGCUUCCCGCUGAUAUGAAUUUUAAAUGGAACGCGCGAUUAAGGUCAACUGCUGGUGCAUGUUUCAAUAAGCGUUCAGUCAAAAUAAACUCAAAUCUAGAAUGCGAGAGAGUUUCUCGCAUUGAACUUUCUUCUAAAAUUAUCGAUACAGCUGAAAGAUUAAGAGAUACAUUAAUUCAUGAACUUUGCCAUGCCGCUUGUUGGAUAUUUAAUGGUGUUUCUGAAGGACAUGGCCCACCAUGGAAAAGCUGGKCAAAUAAAGCUAUGCAAAAGUUUCCUGAACUCCCAAUAAUAAAAAGAUGCCAUAGUUAUGACAUACAAACUAAAUUUACCUACAAAUGUGUAAAAUGUGGUUAUAGUUUUGGACGUCAUUCAAAAUCAUUGAAUUUGGAGAAAAAAAGAUGUGGACAUUGUUAUGGAGAAUUUGAAUUAAUCAAAAACAAAAUUAAUAAUAACCCAAUCCAUAAUAAUAAUUUUCCAGUUGUUCAUGAAGACCCAUUGAAAGAAUUAUAUAGUUUAAAUGAUGUACAACAAAAACCUAAACUCCCCAAGAAACCAUCAAAGUUUGCUUUAUUUGUGAAGGAAAAUUAUAGCCGAGUAAAAAGAGAAAAUCCUUUGUUAAAGCAUGGUGAAAUAAUGAAAUUACUUGGAUCCCAAUUUGCAACAACUAAAGAAUUGACUCCUGACGAAGUGUUUGAUAAAUUAUUUGAUAUUUAAUAAUACUAUUAAAAAUGAAAUUUGACCUUUCCUUUUUGACGAAGACUAAAAAUAUAUUUUUACAUUAAUAUAAAUUUAAGUUGAAUUUUAAUAAAAUAUAUAGUCAUAUAAUACUAGUACUAUGUGCAUACUACAUAAGACAUGUACAUAUGAUAAAAUAUUAUAAAUAUUGUUAAAUCAGAUACAUAUAAUUAAAAAUCAGUCAACUAGUGUGAAAAAACAUUGGUAUUC